AUGGGCUCAAUCUCUACAACCGCGCGUCUUGAAAGGGCCCACUCCGAGCCUCGCCGGCUUAGGGUGGUUCACGUGGGGGCCGGGGCAGCCGGCCUGAUGACGGCAUACAAGGCUCAGAAGAUGCUAUCAAAUUAUGAGCUAGCCGUAUAUGAAAAGAAUACUGAAGUUGGAGGGACAUGGUUUGAAAACAGAUACCCAGGGGUGGGCUGUGAUGUUCCUUCUCAUUCGUACGCCUUCACUUUUGAACCCAACUCCGAGUGGAGUGGGUACUACCCCAGGGGAGAGGAAAUCCAGAAAUACAUGGUGGAUUUCGCCAAGAAGCAUAGCCUCUAUCAGCAUAUCUCCUUUCAAACGGAAAUUACCCAGGCUCGUUGGAUUGAAGAAGACGGUGAAUGGCAACUGGACCUCAAGAAAAAAGAUGGGACCCGGUUCCAGGACCGAUGCCAUGUGUUGAUCAAUGGCUCGGGUCCAUUAAACAAAUGGAAAUGGCCCGAUAUCCCGGGGAUUGAUACUUAUCGUGGCAUACUCACUCACCCAGCUAAUUGGGACCCAUCCAUUGACUGGAAAGGAAAACGUGUUGCGGUCAUCGGUACUGGCUCAACGGGUAUCCAACUGAUUCCUCAAAUUGUUAAAGAUGCCAAGUCCCUGUCCGUGUUUGUGCGUUCAACACAAUGGAUUGUGCCUCCGGCUGCCUGGCAGGAUCUGCGUCUGUUUCCUGAUGACCCCGAGAAAUCCGCCAUGCCCGCCCCCGCGGGCAAGCACUUCUACACCGAGGCCGAGAAGGAGGUCUUCCGCACCGAUCCUGUUCGUUUUCUCCAGUAUCGCAAAGCGGUCGAUGGAGUUAUGCAGGAGCGGUUUCCCAUCUUCCUCCGUCACCAUCCCCUACAUGACAUGACCACUGAAAUGAUCACACAGAUGAUACAGUCCCGCGUGGGGCCGGCUCGCGAGGACAUCGCCCAGUUAUUCACACCCACCUUUUCGCCCGGGUGUCGCAGGCCCACGCCCGGCGAUGGCUUUCUCGAAAGCCUGACAAUGGACAAUGUCCGGGUGGUUACGGACCCGAUUGAACAAUUCACCGAGAAAGGGAUUCAAACGACUGGCAAUGAGGAGAGGGAAUUUGACCUCAUCAUUUGCGCUACGGGCUUUGAUGUAGCCUUCGCACCUCACUUUCCCGUGGUUGGUUCUCAGGGCCAAACCAUGCGCGACGAAUGGGCCAAGUCCCCGAACAUCUACCUCAGUAUGGCGACGCCCAACUUCCCCAACUUCUUCUUCAUUGGUGGCCCCACAGGGAACUGGGCGCAGGGAUCAGUCUUGAUCACGCACGAAGCUCAGGUUGAAUACGCCCUGCAAUGUGCGGUCAAGAUCAGCAACGAAGGCUUGCACUCGUUGACCCCGAAACAAGCCGUGACCACUCAGUGGCGCCGCCAUGUCGAUACCUGGCAUGACACUCACUCGGUCUGGGCGGAGUCGUGCCAGUCGUGGAUGAAAUACAACGGUCGCAUCCAGCUGUGGCCCGGAAGUAUGCUGCAUAUGCUCAAGUCACUGAAGAGCCCACGCUUCGAGGACUACGAUAUCAAGUAUCGCGAGCAGAAUAUGUGGGCGUAUCUGGGUGAGGGACGAACCGUUACCGAGUUGAGAAGGGAAAAAGGCGACGCGGUUGACAUGGCACCGUUUAUGCGAACUCGCGAUGAGCCCUGGUCGGUAGAAUAGACUGUUGAG